AUGAUUGAAGUCGACUUUGAUUCUCAGUCUCAGAAUGACGUUAUUACCAAGAAAAUGUCCCAACUUCUUCUCAAGGGAUGGGCUAUGUUAUCUGAAACUUGCUCAAAGUGUUCGGAAGUCCCACUUAUGCGCUCAAGAGACGGAACUUCUCUCUGUUGUAAAUGUUCUUCAAUGACUAAUCCACAACCAACCAAACAAAAUGAAGAUUCUAAUGGCCAAAAUUUGACAACUUGUAAACUAGAUUCCUACAAAACUUUUGGUCAAAUUCCAUUAAAUGCCAAAGAACUUAGCUCAAUACAUGAAGGAAAUGCUAAAACCAUUUCUUUACCCUCAACUAAACCCGUUGAACACCCAGUAUUUUAA